AUGAACCGAUCAAAUGUUCAUCUUCUGGAUUUACCUAAUGAAAUAUUACUUAUUAUUUUGAAGAAGUUGAACAAUAUUGAUGUACUUUAUUCUUUAUUCGAUAUUAAUAAUAGACGACUUAACAUUCUUGCACAAGAAAUCACUUCCACAGACAUUCUGACGUUUGUCUCCAUUGAUAAUAUUUCUAUAAUCGAUCGAUUCUGCAUCGAUAUAUUACCAAGAAUUCAUCAUAAUGUGAAAUGUUUUGCUUUUGAUGCAGUUUUUAUGGAACGUAUUCUUCUUGCUACUGACUACCCAAAUUUAACUAAACUUAAAAUUUGUCAUUUUCAAAAAAGAAAUCGCUUCAAAUUAUUUCACAACAUUGUGAAACCAUCUUCUGUGUCACAUCCACGUUUAUCACUUUGUUAUCCACCUUUAUCACUUUGUCAUUUGCCAUCGACUACUUUUUCAUCUCCGAUUCUUACUCAUUUAUAUAUCAAUGUCGAAACUUUAGAAGAUUGUUUUUAUUUACUUGAUGGUCGACUUAGAAAAUUGACAACAUUGUGUGUUAAUGUAUAUCUUAUGGACACAUUUGAAGAAAUUGUUCACAAUAUGGAUAAAUUAUUGAGUCUAAAAUGUUUCUCAUUAAAAUCGUUCUAUCCAUUUCAUCAAUAUGAUAAUAUUAUAUUACUUUUUCGUCGUAUGUCAAAUCUGGAAAAACUAACUCUAAAUAUUUCUAUAGAAGGUCAAAACAGAGUUAUUGAUGGUACUUAUGUUCAACAUGAUAUUUUGAAUUAUAUGCCACAACUUCGUUCAUUCAUUUUCUAUAUUUGUACUUAUGUCGAACCGGCUGCUUUAUCCUACAAGUUAUCUAGUGAAGAUAUUCAACAAACAUUAACAAAUAUUGGACUACAAAAUGUCAGUAGUAUGGUCAAUGAUUGUACUGCUGUUGCCAAUUAUGUUCAUGGUGUGAGAGCUGCAUACUCGAUUUUCUCACUUCCUUUUGAAUUUGAUUAUCUCCGAGAUCUUGACAGUAACUUUCCAAAUAUUGUAUUUAAUUAUGUUACCAAUUUACUUAUACAAGAUGUUAUUCCAUUCGAACAUGAAUUCUUUAUGCGAAUUGCCCAAUCGUUUCCAUUACUGCAAAAUUUACGUAUUCGGAAUAGGGAAUCACAAAAACUGAAUGGUGUUAUGACAUUUUCAUCUGGUAAUUGUCAAUUACACUCAAUUAUUGAAUAUCCCUAUCUGACUAUACUUGAUGUCAAAUCUUCACAUAUAGAUUAUGUUGAACAAUUUCUAAAUGAAACAAAGACAUUCGUACCUUGUCUGACGGAAUUUGAAGUGUUAUUUGUUGACGAUUUAAAAGCUGUAACAAAAGACUUUACAAGAGAAGAAACACGACGCAAUUGUGCUAAGCCUAAUAAUAUUUCUCAAAUAUAA